UCAUCGCAGCAGUUUAUCUUCACAAUCACCUCUACCACUCAUCUCUUUUAUGACAACCACAGGAGAUCAAAUGGGAAGACUAAGCCCAAGAUCUCUUUUCUCUCGUCGUGGGAGCUCCAAGCAAGUUCCAGAUUCCAAGUCACCGAACCAAAACAGGAUGAUCAGUACUUCUUCUUCCUGCACCAGGCUUUUUCAGCCUAACAAAGAAGAAAUGAAGCGGGUCUUUGCAAAAUUCGAUGGCAACAGAGACGGCAAACUAUCUGCAGAAGAGCUCGAGCGUGUCCUCAAAGCUCUCGGCAGAAACAACAGCCAAGCAGAGGUGAUGGAGAUGCUGCAGGUUGCAGACACAGACUGUGAUGGCUUCAUUGAUUUCAAAGAGUUCAUGGAUGUCGUUGGCAUGGAUGGUGGGGUGAAGGAGAGCGAGAUAGAAAGUGCAUUCCAUGUGUUUGAUUUGGAUGGGAAUGGGAGAAUCAGUGGGGAGGAGUUGCACCAGGUUCUCAAGAGGCUUGGGGAGAGGUGCAGCUUGGAGGAAUGCAAGAGGAUGGUGAAGGGAGUAGACAAGAACGGGGAUGGUCAGGUUGACAUUCAAGAGUUCAUGAUGAUGAUGACCAAAAACAUGAAGAUGGUUCAUUAAUUGUUCUGCUUACUGUAAUAUACAGAUACGUGUUCUAUAUCAAGAAAAUAGAUUUUAGGCAUAUAUACAAAAUAACCCCCUACAUAUAGUGGCAAAAUCAAGUUUCUUGUUAGCAGAGCAUUUGCUUCUUCACGUUGGUGCCGUUUAUAACAUUUCUAUGUUGAUGGUACUAAUAUUAGUAUGUUGAUUUCACUGUUUAUGGAAUAAUUAGAUUUAAUUA